AGCAUAAAAAGUAAUACUGCAUAUCAACUUGGUGUCUUUGGGCAGUUUGGGCAGACUGAAGAUACAUAACAGAGCUGGAGGUUGUUUUUUGGAAACAGAUACCAGCUCAAAGAAGAGGAUGCAGCAGGAGUAUGUAUCUCUCCAGUUGUUUAAUGAGAAGAUGAUCUGCAGGAUCCUGCUGCUCAUCAUCCUCACCUCAUGUAUCUCUGGAUCAUUUGUAGUCAAUGUGACACAGACCUCCUAUCAGGCAGAGGAGAACCACAACAUCACACUGGAGUGGACGUUCACCACCAAACCUGACAGAUCAACCAAAACUCUUUCCAUCAUUUGUUGCCUUAUAGCUUGCCAUGAACACUUUGUCCUCUAUCGUGUCAUUCAUGGUGUUGAGUUGUCAAAGUCUCGGGAUAAAAAGUUUUCAGGACGAGUCCAGAGUGACAAAGACGCCCUCAGAGAAGGACGAAUCAGACUUCAACUGUCCAGACUCAGGACUGAUGACUCGGGUCUGUACCUGUGUGAGGUCAACACUGAUUAUGGCUUCAGUUCUGCCAGAUGCAGAGUCAGUGUUUCUGGUGCUGAAAGUCGAAAUAAGAACUACUGGGAUCAAGUUAAAAUUGUUCUGGGAGUUUUAGAGAGUGCACUUUUAAUAGUUAGUGGCAUGAUAGUUUUGAUCAUUGUUGCUGUUCAGGGUCUUGUGCAGUCUUUUAGAAAACAUAAGAUAGGAGGUCCUCUUUUAAAAUGAACUACUUCAUCUGCUAUGUUUUAUGUUGCUGCUUUCAAUCUGAAUGUUUUCUGACAAAAAAAAACCAUACAAUUAAAGCCAACUAAAGAUGUUCUCUAUAAGGAAGUAUCGUAGAUUCUCUUCUUCAUGUUAGAUUAAAACCAAAAAUAUCUUUGUUUAAAUACAAGCUUUUGUAUAUUCAAAAAUUCACUGCACUUCUUUCACUAACGUUCAUUAUUGACUCCACGAUUUGUUCCAACUUCCAACUCAGCUUUCAGCAUUAGCUUCUCAGUGAGCACGCACAUUAUUAUUUAACUAAAAUAAAGAUGACUUGUUUACUGUG